UCUUUCAAUACAACUUCCGGUCUGUGGGGGUGCGUCAAACAUUUCGUCCUUUUACAGUUGCACGAUUUGUUCUAUAUGUAAUACUCAGGGAUCUCAAAAUUUGCAAAACAUGCCGCCCAAACAGCGGAAGAUAGCGGUGAUGGGUUUUAGGGCGGUUGGAAAAUCCUCCCUAACCAUCCAGUUUGUAGAGGGACAGUUUGUGGAUUCCUAUGAUCCUACCAUUGAAAACACAUUCUCCAAGGUUUUCAAGUUUAGUGGUCAGGAUUAUCAGUUACAACUUGUUGACACUGCUGGCCAGGAUGAAUACUCUAUAUUUCCACAAUCCUAUUCCAUGAACAUAGAUGGUUAUGUACUAGUGUAUUCAGUCAACAACGAGAAAAGUUUUGAGGUUAUAAAAGUGAUCCAUGAAAAGAUUUUAGAUAUGACAGGAAAAGCUCAGGUUCCUUUGGUUGUUGUUGGAAAUAAAACAGAUUUAACCAUGGAAAGAAUAAUCAGCCCUGAGCAAGGGAAAAAACUAGCUGACUCCUGGAAUGCUGCUUUCCUUGAGGCAUCUGCAAAACAAAACAGGCAAGUGUCAGAUAUCUUUGGCAAGAUCAUUUAUGAGAUCGAGAAAGCUGAGGGCAACAUCAAGGAGAAAGGAGGGUGCAGUAUAUCAUAAUCCAGAGUCCAGGGCACGUGGCAAUUUCAUUAAGACCUACCAUGUAUAAUGAUAAGCAUGUUUGCUAUGGCAACUGGGAGGAUACAAAUUAGCAAGGGGGCACAUUCAGAACAGUUAUAACUUAAACUGGACUUAGUUUCUCUCUAGAUGGUCAAGGAUGGAUGCACAAAGCUAUAAUCAUAAGCUAACUAUGCUGAGUAAAUGUAAAUGAGUAAAGGCACAUUCAAACCAGGUGUAACAUAAACUGGAAAUAGUUUUAUCUAGUCACCAGGGGAAGUGUUAUUUGAAAGGCAGAAUUAACAAGAACUACUACAUCCCUGUACAGCACUGUCACUCACCUAGGAAGACCUCAAGCACCAGGCACCAGAUUUCUCUAAAAACGGGAUUCAAAAUCCAAAGAUGCAGCAGAAAGUCUUAUAUUAUGUGCUCCUCUUUUGGCAUUUGCUGGAUUUUUUUUUCCAAUCUAUGCUAGUACGCCUCUGAGUGCCCCUUUAAAACUCACAAGAUGACAGUACCGCUAUAUAGUUGUCACAUUUUGAAAACAAUAUACAUGCCUAAAAUCUGAAUUAUCUUCAUAAAUAUAAGUAGUUUGAAAAGCUUGUUAGUGCUGAAAUGGUUUGGGGCAAUCAGAUUUUUUGUAGAAGAUACCAAACUCUCGGCUGUAAAGCAGGCACUUGGGCACUAAGCAACUUUGCUAUAAGAAUCAUGUUUGCAUUUAUACUAAAGUGAACCAUAUAAUCAUCAUUACGUACACUGUAUUAUAACUCAUAUUAAAGCCCAAAAGAUUCUUUUCAGCCUAGUCAGGAUUUAACUUGGGUCAAAUCUAAAAUCGUUGAACAGAAAUUGCACACUCUAUCCUCAUUUAAUAAGUUUUGGGCAUUAGUGAACAUUUAAAUGCUAAGAUAUUGGCAUACUUGCAUGUAGAUCAUACUGUAUUAUACGAUAAAACUAGUCUCAUUUACAUCAAUGUUUUUCCCAUUUAUUUGUAUGUGAAGCUGUCCUGGGGUAUAUAUGGCACAUUUUGGGGUUGAAAGCCUCAUUAGAUUUGCAGGUCUGUAGCCAGCAAUUUCAAAGGGGGAGGGGUGGUCUUUUCUAAAAAAAGUGGACCUAUCACCAUGAAACCUUUG